UAAAAGGCGGAUUAGACUGAGAGUCUCACUCAGUCAGGAUGUUGGUCAGUGCGGUCAGUCUCAUUUUGCUUGUCUGUAGCAGCAGUGCUCUGCCGACUCCUCGGGGGCAGAAGCGGCAUCGCCGGGGCUGGCGCCAGGAAUUGAAUUUCCACAUGCCGAAGCAGAGGGUUGAUAGAUGGCAGUUACUACCCCUCCACAAGGAUCCGUUCCAGCCAACAAAAUAUGCAAUCCACAACAGUGCUGGGGAUACCUCGACACUCCUUAACCCUCGCCGCUGUGGUGUUCCUGAUCUACCGUCUGGGAAAUAUAUCCAGCACGGCAACACCAAAAGGAAGAGACGCUUUGUGAUUGCAGGAGAACGGUGGAACAAAACUGACCUGACGUACAAAAUUGUGCGAUUUCCUUGGCAAAUGAGCCAAGAGAAAGUAAGACACACUAUUGCUGAAGCAGUGAGAGUGUGGAGUGACGUGACUUCCUUAACAUUUACAGAGGUGCAGGACACCAGAGCAGAUAUUAUCAUUGAGUUUACACGGUAUUGGCAUGGAGAUAAUUUACCAUUUGAUGGCCCUGGAGGGGUGUUGGCACAUGCUUUUUACCCUCAAACCCCUCAGGCUGGAAAUAUUCACUUUGACUAUGACGAACUGUGGACCACUGACAGCAAUAAGGGUACUGACCUUCUUCAAGUAGCAGCUCAUGAGUUUGGCCACGCCCUUGGACUGCAGCACUCGAGAGUCCCAAAAUCUUUGAUGUCACCUUAUUACACUUCCCACUACCCACUGGGCCUGGCUGAGGAUGACAAGCAAGGAAUACAGUAUUUAUAUGGCACCUCUCGUGACAGUGGAGUUGAACACUUUGACCGGGACAUGGAAACCAAUGAACUGCCCAGGGUUGAUCGUCAUGGAAACAAGCCAGAUGUCUGUGAGACUGACUUUGAUGCUGUGUCAAUGAUCCGUGGUGAGCUCUUCUUUUUUAAAUCCAAAUAUGUGUGGAGAUUGAGAGACCAACACCUGCAGCCUGGUUACCCAGCGCAGGCCUCUCGGCACUGGUGGGGAAUCCCUGACCGCAUCGACGCAGGAUUUGAGGACUCAGCCGGGAACUUUUGGUUCUUCCAAGGCUCCAGUUUCUGGAUCUAUGAUGGAGAAAAUCAAGUCUCGGGGCCCAAGCUAAUCUCUGAGCUGGGAUUGUCGACUCAAGAGGUCCAGGCUGCUCUGAUGUGGGGCUUGGAGGAGGAGAAGAAGAAGAUCUAUUUCUUUAAAGGAAGCAAUUAUUGGCGAUUUGAUGUGAACCAAAAUGUUGUGGACGGUAUCUACCCACGGAGUAUUAAUGACUGGCGAGGUAUCCCUGCCAACAUUGACGGGGCAUUCCAAGAUGAGCAUGGUUAUGCCUACUUUCUCCAAGGAAGAUAUUACUGGAAGUUUGAUCCUGUGCAGGUGAAGGUACAGGAAGGAUACCCACGGCUGAUAGGCCAUGACUUCUUUGGAUGUGCCUCUACCCCUCAGCCAUAUAGAUGACUCCAAAAGAUGUUCAAAGCUCCUGGAGCUACUCAUGGAUAUUCUUCUGAACCCAAUUCUGCAAUACCAUUACUGAGACUAGCUUUAUAUUCCGGAUCUAUUAACUGAAUUCAAAUUCCACCAACUGUUGUGAUGGGUCUUUCCCAUUUCCCCACUCACUUUUCUAGGAUUUUCUUCUGGACAAUGAUUCAGAGUUAGGUUGUACCUCAGUUUAUGGCAAGAUGGAGAAAGAUUUGGCAUGUGUGCUUUUGUUUUCUCCUGUAGUCUUGAAAUGACUGAGGGCCCCAUCUCUUAGGAUAGCUGCUCUUAUUACACAUAACUGUACAAUAUUAUUGUUCUGGAAAACUUCAAGAGUACCCUUCAGAAGAAAGCUAUUAUUGAACAGACAUCUGGUCACUCUUUUUCAGCUUAAUGGAGCCAAUUACAUUAUCUGUAUUAGUUAAUACUUUCUAGGCCUGAGCAUUAUUUUGAGGAGGGAAACACUUUGCCUUUCAUGUAAAGGUCUGUAAUCAGAUUUGCAGGCUUAGCAUUUACACACAAUUCAACAAUUAUUCCCAAAGAAACGUACAAACUAGGGUGCGAUGGGGGUUGGUCACCUGCCUGCCUGGGCAGUCACAUUGGGAAUCGUGGUUGCGUUCACAGAAUUGUCAUGUACACAUUCGCCAUGGACAGGGUCCAUCAGAGUAUUCAGCAAGUUGCCUUGUAAGCUAACAGCCAGGCUGUCAGAAGAAUAGAGAAGUGAUGAAAUGUCUGCUUGUCAAACUCCCCAGUAUUGACUGAUUCCUAAAACCACAUUACGUUAAGAAUUUGAAUCAGAAACCUUGUGGCUCACUUGGUAUUUACUGUCCCUUUACGCUGCUGACCUCAGAGAUCCCUGGGUUGUGGGUUCAAUCACUGGUAUGUGCUGAGAGUGGCAGCUACAAGUGGCUUCAACUCCACUCAUAGGUACUCCCACUUCACAAUGAGGGCAGGGGUUGAGGGGGUGAUUCUCACCCACUGCCUGAUCCUGCUUGCCCUCGCUCUCAUCCCCACCCACUGCCUGAUCAUGCUCCCCACUGCCUUUACUCUCUUCCCCACCCCCACUGCCUGAUCCUGCUCCCCCUGCCCUCACUCUCAUCCCCACCCACUGCCUGAUCAUGCUCCCCACUGCCUUUACUCUCAUCCCCACCUACUGCCUGAUACUGCUCUCCAUUACCUUUACUCUCUUCCCCACCCACUGCCCGAUCCUGCUACCCCCUGCCCUCACUCUCUUCCCCCCCCCCCCCUCCUCCCUCACUGCCUGAUCCUGCUUUCACACAUGCACCAUAUUGUAAAGAUUUUCCUGAACAUUGAAUAGAUUUUAACCCCCUGGUUAAUUAUCUCCUCCUCACCCUGAGGGGAAUGAGCCAUUACACCCUACAUUUCACCGUAUAAAUCACAGAUCCUCAAGGAGUUUAAGAAAAACAUGUCUGGAGAAAGAGUUUAGGUUCAAUCCUGAUUCACUCCAGCUGAUUUCUAAUUUACACAAAAAAGAGCUUCAUAUAAAUACCUGCUGACAUUCUAAGGUCUGACAUCAAUUAAAUGAAGAGGACCCAAGCAGUGUAUUGGGAUUGUAAGUGACCAGAUGGGCUGGAUUUUCCCAUUGAGUUUCAGGACUCCAUCGCUGGAACAAAUGGAGAUCCCGAAUCCCGCACUUGCAGGUAACGAGAGCAGUUCUGCAAUCUCUGGAAGGCAGUCACCUUAUUGACCGUCUCUAGGCUUGCCCCACAGACAAUACGAACAGCUGUGGACCCUCGACGGCCUUACUGGCAGAGGUGGGCACUGCCAACGCAGUUCACUGGGCAUCAGGGAGCCACCCUGACAUGAUAGCCCCUACUUUCCCAGCUCUGCCACCCCCAAACCUGCCAUCACAGGGCUGGGAACAUUUAGCCCAAUGUGUCUCAAUUAGAGCGGUGAGGAUGUAGAGAGGGAGGAGGGUGUGGGCGUGGAAUUUGCUCUGUUCAGAAGCUAUCCUUUGGUAAAAACUUAAAAGCAACUUGUCUCAUAUCAGGGGAGGUAUCAAGAUGGUUUAACCACUCGUAUUCGAAACAAAGGGAAGUGUUUUUCUUUGGGAGGGCAUUGGGAGUGUGGAGUGUACAAAAUGUCAAACAUAUUUUGAUUGGCCCUCUGAUGGACAUGUGAACAGCAACUCUGACAUGCUUGGAUUGUGCUGAGUCUCAGACCUGGAAAUAACAAUGUUCUCACCCUCCCAGCAUGUCUCUGGACCAACACUUGUUUUUGUAUUUUUGACAAUAAAUCAUGUUUUCUACA